AUGAAGUCUGUCCACUCCUUCGUUCUUCUCGGUGCCGGCCUGGUGUCGGCCGCCACGCCACCCACGCCGGUCGUCGCCAAUGGUGCAGCGGCAGCUGUGAACGUGAGCGGUACCACGGCCGUUUCGUCGUCGGCCGUGUCCGCCACGUCGUCGGCCUCUGUCAACGGCCAGAACAACAACAGCAACAACAACAACAACAACAACGGCCAGAACGGCCUCGACCUCGGUAGCCUUCUUAGUGGCUCCUCCAACGGCAAUGGCCUCGACCUCAGCAGCCUUCUCAGUGGUUCCUCGCUGUCCUCGUCGCAGCUGCUCUCCGAGUUGUUCGGCGGUCUUGGCAGUUCGUCGUCGUCGUCCGUCUUGAGUCUCAACUCGCUGCUCGGCAGUUCCUCCUCGUCUCUCCUGAGCGGCCUCAACUUGGGCGGCAUCAAUCUGGCCAGCGUCAACCUCAACAACCAGAACGACCUGCUCAACGCCAUUCAGCUCAUGUCCGGCGCCCUCUGCCUCAACAACCUCAUCAGCGUCAACAGCCUCAGCUCGCUCGGCCAGCAGGGCCAGGUCGAGAUGUUCUUGGAGCUGCUGGAGCUCAUGGAGCUCGAGCAGUCGGGCCUGUCCAACCUGGCCGAGAUCCAGGCCCUGUUCGGCGGCGGCUCCCAGUUUGGCUUCGGCGGCGUGUCGGCCAUCAACCUCGGCGUGUUCAAGCGCGCCCUGGCCGACCACAAGAAGACGACGGUCAGCGUCCGCUCCAAGGCGGUGCGUCGCAUGCGCGCCAAGCGCCAGAGCGGCAACCUGAACGCCGCCAACUGCGCCGCCAUCAGCGGCCAGGCGGGUGCAUUUGCCUCGCUUUCGGGUGGCUUGGACACGGCUACCGUCAACGUGGCAAACACGGCUGCGUCGGUUGCUACUGCUGUUGCGACAGCCUCUGCAGCGACGGCGGCAGGUGCGACGGCGGCGACGUCCCAGGCGGCAGCGACCGCCGCUGUUGCCGCAUCCGGUAGUGUUGCUGCGGCACCGGCACCGGCCGCUGCCGCGCCCGCCUCGGCUGAUACCGGCCUGGCCCAAUUCACCUGA